AUGACAACAAAAAUAGUUGAAGAAGGAUAUUGGUUUUCAAAAAUCCCUUCAAAAAGAUGGGCUGAAAAAUUCUUUUUAUUCUACAGUCCAGUUUGGAUCACCGUAUUUUCAUUAAUCGUUGCAACUGGUGCUUAUAAAAGUUUUUAUGAUGUUGAAUUUUUUAUUUUAGGUCUUGUUGUUUCAUUGCCAUGUGUGAUUUAUCCAUUAUUAUUCCCAUGUGCAGCAGAUAAAGGUAAACCAAUUUUAGAGAGAUAUUGGGUUAAAGCAAAUAUUUGGAUUGCAUUAUUUGGAUUUGUUGGAAAUUAUUUUUGGACACAUUACUUUUUCGUUUUAUUACAAGCAACUUAUAGAUUUCCAGUUGAAUUCAAAUUGAAUGAGGUACCAGUAAUGCUUUAUUUUGUAACUCAUGCAUAUUUCAUUAGUUAUCAUGCUGCAACUACACCAAUUUUACGUCGUUAUUGGACUGCAUUUGGUGGUCGUGAUAAUCGUACCUUUUUAAAGACUGUUGGUUCAAUUUUGAUCGUUUGUGCUAUGGCUUAUUUCACUGCUUUCAUGGAAGCAUGGACUAUUAGUUCUGUACCAUACUAUCAUAUUGAAGAUCGUACUAAAAUGUAUACAAUCGGUUCAACUUUUUACAUGUUAUACUUUGUAAUCUCUUUCCCAAUGUUUGCCCGUAUUGAUGAGACUGGUCCAAAACAUAAUGAAAAAUGGAAUAUUUCACGUGCUGCUUUAGAAGGUUUAGGUAGUGCUAUGAUCGUUUUCAUUUUAUGUGAUUUUUGGAGACUUGCAAUUGGUUCAUUAAAUGGUGAACAAGUUGGUCAAGUUUUUAUUGGUAAAAGUGGUGUUUAA